AUGCCUUCCAACAAACCCCGAUUGUACAUUGCUUUGUAUCCUAGCGGCGUUACGAACAACGAGGAACGCAAAUACCACUGGGGCUUCUUGAUCGGACCGAAAGCAGAGAGUAAAGAGAUUGUGCCAGGCGCACGUUACCAUGUUAAGAAUUCACCUCUGGGAUGGGUAUACGAAGAAAUUCCACUAGAGAAUGUGCGAACAACCAAUAGCCUCUUGGCGCGUAUCCUCAUUGCCAAAAUCGAAGACGAGCAGCGUCUUAUUGCCCUCCUUCGCCGACUUCCAGUCAUCCAGGGCGACUUGAACUGGAGAUGUCGCACUUGGAUCGCUAACGCCCUAACCGAGAUCGCGAAGGACGGAAAGUGUGUUGGCACCGCCGAGCUGAAUUGGCAGAGGAUCGAGGCGUUCGCCAGACAGUACGUAGGAAACAAGACUGCUAGUGGCCGCUUUCAGUCUGCUGAGGAUUUGUUGAAACCGAAGCCAACCUGGGAUAUGCUUGAAAAUAGGGAGAGCGUACCAUAG